CGACAUGUCGUUUUUCAGCUUUUUACAAAUAAAUAAAUAAAUAAUAAUCUGUUCUUAGCAAUCACUACAGGUUUUUUGGACGCUCUCCAGCUUCUAGACCAGAAAAUAUAGGCAAUCAAGGUGUGAUCUUUCUUUAUAUUUGCUGAGAAGAUUUAAAAUUUCUGUGACCCAUGAAGGAGAAUAAAGUAAGUCAAUGAGAAAUUAAGCGAAAUCAAAACAAUGGUUAGAGAUUGUCCAGCUUGGGUGGUUCAACCUAAGUGCCUCCUUCUCUUCUUUGUCCUGCUUAUUUUUCUCAUCUUUGCCUUUACCAGUCCUAAACAGGAUGAGGUGAAGGAAGAAGAACAGGAGUAUGAGAUAACUCAUAGAGUAUACUUGGAUGUUGAUAUUGACGAGCAACGUCAGGGUAGAAUUGUUAUUGGAUUAUAUGGAAAGGUUGUAUCAAAAACUGCAGAAAAUUUCAGGGCUUUGUGCACAGGGGAAAAAGGUAAGGGUGCGAGUGGGAAGCCCCUCCAUUAUAAGGGAACACCUUUUCAUCGGAUAAUAUCUGGUUUCAUGAUUCAAGGCGGUGACAUAGUUUACGGUGAUGGGAGGGGAAGCGAUUCUAUAUAUGGAAGCAUCUUUCCCGAUGAGAAUUUUAAGAUAAAACAUUCACAUGCAGGAGUUGUUUCCAUGGUGAAUUCAGGACCAAAUUCCAAUGGCUCUCAGUUUUUCAUCACCACCAUUAAGACUAGCUGGAAUUUUGCAUCAUCAAUGAUGCACGAGACUAAAUCUAUACCAGACCUGUACUGAUCUCUGGAUGCAUAUGUCAACUUAUGUAGGCUGGACGGAGAGCAUGUUGUUUUUGGAAAGGUUAUCCAAGGAAUGGAUACGGUUUAUGCAAUUGAAGGGGGAGCAGGAACUUACAGUGGAAAACCCAGAAAAAAAGUAAUUAUUGCUGACUCAGGAGAGAUACCUAAGGACAAGUGGGAUGAGGAAACUUGAAGCUCCUUUAACACCAGCUAAUUUGUGUACUCUGAGUUUGUUAAUUUGUGAUUAGAUAAUCAAUUAGUAUGCUUUUCCUAUUCGAUAACUGUUGUUAAUAGAAACAUGCCAGUGGUUUAGCAACCAUAUAAAUUGUUCUCAUCUCAUAUUUUACUUCCAAGCUUGUUAACUCCACCUCAAUUUUUAAUCUUAAAUAUGGUAUUAUAUU